AUGGUUCCCCCACCACUUCUGGACGUCCAGUCCCAGUCAUCCAACGGAGAUGCCCUGCAUCCUCCCCCCCGAUCCCAGAAACAAAUGACCAAAGCUGAGCGACGCGAGCUCCAGGAGCGUCAGCGAGCCGCAAAGGCCGCGAAGGCCACUACUGCUGCGCCGAACGGAGUGAAUGGAAAGCACGCAGGUAUUAAGCCAGGAUCUUCUGCAGCUAUGUCAAAUGCCCCUUCGCCGCGGAGGGCCUCCAGAGCUUCAGAUGCGCCGACCCGACCUUCUUCUCUAUCCGUGAGCAGGCCGACUAGGGACUCGAGAGUUCCACAAACCCCUCAUCCUGCCCCAUCAUCCGACAAAGCACGAGGGUUGCGAAUUUUCGCGCACUUUGGACUACCCAAACCUGUGAGCGUGGCGAAGGGCGAGAUCCACCCGACAAUUGUGCGGCUCGCCCUACAAUUCUCGAAUUUCAAGAUUACGGGUGCAAAUGCUCGUUGCAUUGCCACUUUGAUUGCCUUCAAGCAAGUCAUACAAGACUACACUACGCCUCCAAAUAAUACCCUCUCCCGUCACCUCAUGACGCAUCUAUCUCCGCAAAUUAGCCAUUUAGUUGCUGCUAGACCUAUGUCGGUGACGAUGGGCAAUGCGAUCCGUCAGCUGAAGCUAGAAAUCAGCGGAUCAGAUAUUGAUCUCCCUGAGCAAGAUGCGAAGGAUGCGCUAUGUCAUAAAAUUGAUCAUUACAUACGGGAUCGCAUCAUCAUUGCCGAUCAAGUAAUUAGGGAUACGGCUGUGAGUAAAAUCAAGGAUGGAGACGUGAUCCUGACAUAUGCAAGAUCAUCGGUAGUGGAGAAGGUUCUGCUUGGCGCACACGAAGAGGGACGCUGUUUCUCUGUGAUCGUGGUUGAUUCAAGACCCAUGCUCGAAGGGAAAAAACUCUUGUCAAUACUCGCAUCUGCUGGCAUUCAAUGCACUUAUUUGUUACUUCCGGCCCUCGGCUCUAUCAUAAACGAGGUGUCAACUGUCCUCAUUGGUGCUCACUCUAUACACUCCAAUGGGGCUGUCUUUUCUCGAGCGGGUUCCGCAUUGGUGGCGAUGAUGGCGAAGCAACACUCCGUACCUGUGGUAGUAUGCUGUGAAACCUAUAAAUUUUCCGAAGGGGUUCAGCUUGAUAGUUUUACGAAGAAUGAAUUGGCGCCUAUUGGAUCUAUGUUCUCUUCCGACCGUCAUGCUAGGUCUCAAGAUGCAUCAGCGUUUCAGAAUCAACCCAACUUAGAAGUGCUCAAUCCUCUAUACGAUCUGACUCCUCCCUCAUGCAUUACUGCUGUGGUAACCGAGGUCGGAGUAAUACCUCCAAAUUCCAUGAGCUCCAUCCCCCUGGCGCUUGGCAGAUUCUGA